AUGCCGUCACCAGACGAAGCCGUGUCCGACGGCUACUUCAAUGACCUGAGCCAACAACUCCCCGACCAGCCCAACCAACAGCAACCACCCAAAUCAAAGCGAAGGGGCUAUGUAAAAGAGCUGGAAGCCCGCCUGGCCCAAGUCGAAACACUCCUCAACACUCAUGCCGGUGUCGAGAUGCCUCUGAAUGCCAUCGACCAGUCUGUAGUCACCGGAGACGAUCUGCCCGACUUUGGUGGUAUCGACCCCGACCAAGGACGUUUGAUGCAAGAGAUGCGUGUAGGCCAGUCUCCACCGGCAGCUGAUAACUCCAUCCCUGCCACACGUCAGCCCUCAAUGUCUGAGACGUAUGAUAGUCAGCAGCCCGUUUUCUGGGAGGGCGACCUCAAAUCACCGUCAUGGUUGACCAGUCUCUACUUUGAACGCGUUCACCCCUCUGCCCCCAUCUUGCACAGGCCUCGCUUCCUCAUCUCCAUGCAAAACACGUCGCCUUUCCUUCGACCACGUCUGUCUCUGCAGUAUGCCGUCUGGACCUUGGCUGCCAGCUCUCAUCCGAAGUAUGAAGACAUGGUCGACACCUUGUAUCGCCGUGCUCGUCAUUACCUAGAGCGCGACGAGAUGUCUGGUGUUGGCGAGAAGAUGAUCAAUCUGGCCACAGUUCAGGCUUGGCAAUGUAUAGCAGCUUACGAGUUCAAGAUGAUGUACUUUCCACGAGCUUGGCUCAGCACUGGAAGGACUUCCCGACUGGCCCUUAUGAUGGGUCUGCACCGCGUUGAUGGUCCCAAUAUUGACGUCAAGCAGUGCCUGCCUCCACCCAAAGACUGGAUAGAGAAGGAGGAGCGAAGACGCUUGUUCUGGAUGUCCUUUGCCGGCGAUCGAUAUGCAAGUAUCGGUACUGGCUGGCCCAUGAGCAUUGACGAGACCGACAUCUGUACAGACUUGCCAGCUUCGGAUGAGGCUUUUGAUGCUGGUACACCCGAGCCUUCUAUUUCCUUGAAAGAAGCCCUCACGCCUGGCGGUGCUGACUCCCUAUCCUCAUUUGGAUCCGUCGGUGUCAUUUCUGCUCUCUUUGGCCGCAACUUGUUGCAUCUACACCGAAAUACACCAGAUCAAAACGACGGCGACAUCAAUGGCAUAUUCUGGAAGCGCCAUCGACAAAUGGACGGCAUAAUUCUUUCCUUAUUGCUCGGUCUUCCUGAGUCAUUGCGGCUGCCACUCGCUGUCUCUGACCCCAAGGUUGUCUUCAUGAACAUGUGUAUUCACACUUCCGUGAUCUGCCUUCAUCAAGCUGCCAUCUUCAAGGUAGAGAAAUAUCAGCUGCCAUCCAAGCUCGCCACCGAAUCCAAGAUGCGCUGUUUGACUGCCGCUGCCGAAAUCUCAAGUUUGAUGAAAAUGUCCAGCCACCUCGACAUGGCUCAAGCUAAUCCGUUCAUGGCCUUCUCCUUAUACGUCGCCGCCAGAGUCUUUGUGCAAUACCUCAAGUCACGACCUCGUGAUGACACGGCUCGAGGCUCAUUGCACUUCCUCCUGUCCGCUCUCCAAGCCAUGAAGAAGACAAACCCGCUCGCAGAAUCCUUCAUCGCGCAACUAGACGUCGACCUCGAAGUAGCCGGCCUGGACGAGUUACGCAGCUUGCGCGUUCGUGCAGCUCGAGCAGCUCAAGCUCAAGCUGCAGAAACCAUGCAAUGUCCGUAUGAAGGACAAGAUGGACGCCGUCCCACGUUUGGCGAUAGCGGAUUAGCUCAGCACUCCAACCCAAAGACAAGCCGAGGAGGCAACCACCCCUCGGGCGGCAACUUCCCACCUGAAAUUGCAGAACUCAUGGCCCAACCACCUCAAGGCAACUUCAAAGGCAUUUUCCCCGUACGAAUGAAUAUUGCCUCCGAUACUUCGACCGCUCAUACCUCGCCUCAAACCCUAGGAUCCAGUGAUGCAGAUAUGGUGGACUUGGGCAACAGUGGAGUCAUGGGAGAGUUUGGCGAUAAUGGCGAAUUCUCGGUUGAGAACAAUCUUUUGCAGUAG